GGCAGUUCAGACCUCGUGCUUGUCCCCCUAGCCUCUGUCUGUGUGUGGUAUCCGCAAGGUCCGGGGCACUUUUUUUUUUUUUUUUUGGUGUGAGUGUAUGUACGUGUGUGUGAGUGUGUGUUUGGGGGUUAGUAGAGGAAAGAGGAAAGGAGAGGGGCUGAGUGGAAAGCCACAGAGCUCUCUUGUCUUGCUGAGUCUUUCCUCUUGAGCGUCUCCCUUUUGCCCGUCCUCCGAGGCAGCAGCAAGAGGGCUUUCUUGUCUUCGGGAUUUGCCAUUCUUUGGCUUUGAGGAGAGCGAAUUUCUCUCCGGAGUGGACCCUGGCUAGUUCCUUCCUGCGCAUGGUGGAGUUAGUAUGCCAAGCAGUUGAAUCGAAUCUACUCAGAAGCGGCUUUUCUCCAGCUCCGGGAAGGGAAUUGAAGCCACAGCUACCGCGGAGGAGCAGCUGGGUUCUCUGAGGGGGGUGGGGGGAGGGUGGUCAACCGGCUGAGCUGAGCUCCUGUCCUCACUCCUCGGCACUCUCACCGCCUCUACUUGCUACCUUAGUCCUUCCUAAUUCAUCCUUUCUCCUCGGAGAGAGCUUUCUUCGGAGCCAGCCCGGAGCCCCGGCUACGUUGGACAUCUUUUAAGCGCUCCUGUUGGUGUUGAGCUGUCUGGUCGUGGCCCCCUCCCAGCCCGGCGGCAGUGAUUCGGGGAAGGGGGUAGAGGAGGUCAGUUGUAGCUGCAUCCACUGGUCUUGGGACUCCAACGCAGGACACCGCACCCUCCCCCGGUGAAUCCGCGGGGAGGACAAGGAUGUCUACGAACCCCCCGAGUCUGACUCCCUCUUCGCACUCGAGGGAAACCGGCCGGCUCCUGGCGGCCGAGCCCUAGCUAGACAAAGACAAGGAGACCCCCCAUUCCCCACCCCCAGCAAGCUCGGCCCCGGCCUCCCCGUUCGCUUUUCUGGAAGGACUUUUUUUUCCCUUAAUUUUUCCUUGGCUCUUUGUUUCUACUUGUGUCUGGUUCCCGAGCCUGGGAUAUUGUUCCGAGAGUGGAGUGGGGGGGCGCGGGGGAAACCACUCAAUUUCCCUGCCGCCCCCUGGUCCGGCUUUCCCUGCUCCCCCUCUCCGUCACCUCCCCGGGUUCAGGUCUCUGUGCUUCAACCUACUCUCGCAGAAUCACGACCCCUCCCUGCGAUGUAUCCGCAAGGCAGACAUCCGGCUCCCCAUCAACCCGGGCAGCCGGGGUUUAAAUUUACUGUGGCCGAAUCCUGUGAUCGAAUCAAAGACGAAUUCCAGUUCUUACAAGCUCAGUAUCACAGUCUUAAAGUGGAGUACGACAAGCUUGCCAAUGAGAAGACAGAAAUGCAGCGCCAUUAUGUUAUGUACUAUGAAAUGUCCUAUGGUCUGAACAUUGAAAUGCACAAACAGACAGAGAUUGCUAAGAGACUGAACACAAUUUUAGCUCAGAUCAUGCCUUUUCUGUCACAAGAGCACCAACAGCAAGUUGCACAGGCUGUGGAACGAGCCAAGCAGGUGACCAUGACGGAAUUGAAUGCCAUCAUCGGGGUACGUGGACUCCCCAAUCUGCCUCUCACCCAGCAGCAGCUCCAGGCCCAGCACCUCUCCCACGCCACUCAUGGCCCCCCUGUCCAGUUGCCGCCUCACCCUUCGGGCCUCCAGCCACCAGGCAUCCCUCCAGUCACAGGAAGCAGCUCAGGGCUGCUAGCGCUUGGUGCCCUUGGCAGUCAGGCCCACUUGACUGUGAAAGAUGAGAAAAACCAUCACGAGCUGGAUCAUAGAGAGAGAGAAUCCAGCGCGAAUAAUUCCGUGUCUCCUUCUGAAAGCUUGAGGGCUAGCGAGAAGCAUCGAAGUUCCGCUGACUAUGGCAUCGACUCCAAGAAGAGGAAAGCAGAAGAAAAAGACAACUUGAGUCGAUAUGAUAGCGAUGGCGACAAGAGCGAUGACCUUGUAGUAGAUGUGUCCAAUGAGGAUCCAGCCACACCCCGGGUCAGUCCAGCCCACUCCCCUCCUGAAAAUGGGAUAGAUAAAACCCGAGGACUGAAAAAGGAUGCUCCUAAUAGCCCUGCCUCGGUCGCCUCCUCCAGUAGUACUCCUUCUUCUAAGACAAAAGACCUUGGUCACAAUGAUAAAUCCUCUACCCCUGGUCUCAAGUCAAACACACCAACUCCAAGAAAUGAUGCCCCAACUCCUGGAACAAGCUCGACUCCGGGGCUCCGAUCGAUGCCAGGCAAACCAUCUGGCAUGGAUCCCCUAGCAUCCACUCUUCGGACUCCCAUCUCUAUCGGCUCCUAUGCAACUCCAUUUGCUAUGAUGGGCCAUCAUGAGAUGAAUGGCUCGCUCACCAGCCCAGGGGCCUACGCAAGCCUGCACAACAUCCCACCUCAAAUGAGUGCAGCGGCCGCUGCCGCAGCUGCCUAUGGUCGAUCACCAAUGGUGAGCUUUGGAGCUGUUGGUUUUGACCCCCACCCCCCAAUGAGGGCCACUGGACUGCCCUCAAGCCUUGCUUCCAUUCCUGGAGGAAAACCGGCUUAUUCCUUUCAUGUGAGUGCUGAUGGCCAGAUGCAGCCAGUCCCCUUUCCCCAUGAUGCACUGGCAGGGCCUGGGAUUCCUCGGCAUGCACGACAGAUCAACACACUAAGUCAUGGGGAAGUGGUAUGUGCUGUGACCAUCAGCAACCCUACCCGACAUGUCUAUACUGGAGGCAAAGGAUGUGUGAAAAUCUGGGACAUCAGCCAACCAGGAAGCAAAAGCCCCAUUUCUCAGCUUGACUGCUUGAACCGAGAUAACUACAUCCGCUCCUGUAAGCUCCUUCCCGAUGGUCGCACACUCAUUGUGGGUGGCGAAGCCAGCACGCUGACCAUCUGGGACCUGGCAUCCCCAACACCUAGAAUCAAAGCUGAGCUAACGUCCUCUGCCCCAGCCUGCUAUGCCCUGGCCAUCAGCCCUGAUGCCAAAGUUUGUUUUUCCUGCUGCAGUGAUGGGAAUAUUGCUGUUUGGGACCUUCACAACCAAACCCUGGUCAGGCAAUUUCAGGGCCACACAGAUGGCGCCAGCUGUAUAGAUAUUUCCCACGAUGGCACCAAGUUGUGGACAGGUGGUUUAGAUAACACAGUCCGAUCCUGGGACCUGAGGGAAGGCAGACAGCUACAGCAACAUGAUUUCACUUCCCAGAUCUUCUCUUUAGGCUACUGUCCCACUGGGGAGUGGCUGGCUGUGGGCAUGGAGAGCAGCAAUGUGGAAGUGUUGCAUCACACCAAACCAGAUAAAUAUCAGCUGCACCUGCAUGAGAGCUGUGUGCUCUCCUUGAAAUUUGCCUACUGUGGCAAAUGGUUCGUGAGCACUGGGAAAGACAAUCUUCUCAAUGCCUGGAGAACACCAUAUGGUGCUAGCAUAUUCCAGUCUAAAGAAUCCUCAUCUGUCUUGAGUUGUGACAUUUCAGCGGAUGACAAAUACAUUGUAACAGGCUCUGGUGACAAGAAGGCCACAGUUUAUGAGGUCAUCUACUAAACAAGGAUUCUAACAGGGCUGUCAAACUCUGGGAAAAACAGACCCCAGCUCUGACAAUACAAUGGGCAAGGGCCCACUGAAGGAUGUCGGCAGAAGGAAGCGUAGGCAGUCAUGCAUUCAGAGCCUUUUUCUCUGGCAAGCGGAGAGGGGAUGUGCCACGUCAUGGUCUGGGACUAAUGUGCAUGGAUUGAUACGUUUCAGCAACUUGGAUAGAUUUUUCCCCCCUCCUCCCUUCUUAAAAAUCCUGGCAGAUGAUGCAAAUGGAUUUAUUUGGAUGUUUUCAGCUCUGGCACCCAAGGAAACCCUCACAAAUCAUGCCUUCUUUCACUUUCUUUUUAUUCAGUGGCACUGUAGUGGAUGGCCUUUUUUUUUUUUUCUUCAAGGGGAUGCUUUCCUCCCCUUCCCCCAAUUGUGCAGUGCACAAGACUUGUGAAAAAUGUAAAUAAUGGACAAAUAAAUAAGACUGGACAAGAGGGAAAA